AUGGCGCCUCGAAACAAGUUUAGGGACCUAGACGACUUUGUUCCAACUAUCAGCGACAGCGAGAACGAAGUUCCCGAUCUAGAUGACUCAGAAGAUGAAAGCCUGCAGAAGAUGGUUCCCAAAGCUAGCAGCAACAAUAAGACCAAGAAAAAACUCAAAGAAGCUACGAUAGUCGACGAAGAUGUGCACGAAGACUUGAAUCCCGGCUUCAAGUUCGAUCUGGAAGGCUCAGAAGUGACAGCUGGAUUUGAUGGUUGGGCUUUUGAUGGAGACAAGAAAUCGGAUGAAGCCAACAGAGACGUCGAUUUGGAUGGGAUUAUCAGACGGAAAGGAGGACUGAUCAAAAUAGCAGGAACUGAAAACAGCGAAAAUGAGGCAGAAAGCCAAGACGAGCAAGAAAGCGAGAAUGAGGAUGAGGACGCCAUUGAAGAAGAGAGUGUUAUGGAAAACCAAGCAGGCGACGAAGAUGAGGAUGAAGACUUGGCCUUAGACGGUUUCGGAAUGGGCGCUUCUGGGGAGACCAAAGCUGACUCGGAAGAUGAGGAAAACGGCAGUGGAAGUGAGGAGAGCGAACCCGAAAGUGAGGCCCAUAUUCCGGAGCAAGGCUCAGACGGCGAGGCCGACGAUUCUGAAGAGGCCAAAGCUGAAUUUUACGCUCCGGACGAGGAGAGCUCCGAGGCCAAAAAGACCGUACACACAAACUUCAACUCUUUGUCCCUCUCGCGUCCUGUACUCAAGGGUGUCGGUGCCUUGAACUAUGUCAAACCCUCCCCAAUCCAGAGUGCAACCAUCCCGAUUGCUCUGUUAGGUAAAGACAUUAUCGCUGGUGCCGUAACUGGUUCUGGUAAGACUGCUGCUUAUAUGAUUCCAAUUAUCGAGCGUUUGCUAUACAAGCCUGCGCAGGUAACAUCAACUCGUGUUAUUGUUUUGACCCCAACUCGUGAAUUGGCAAUCCAGGUCUCGGACGUAGGCCGCAAAUUGUCUCGGUUCGUCAGCAAUAUUACAUACGGCCUGGCAGUUGGUGGUUUGAAUCUAAGACAACAGGAACAAAAUUUAAGGUCUCGUCCCGAUGUGGUUAUUGCCACGCCAGGUAGACUUAUCGAUCACAUAAGAAACUCUGCCAGUUUCAACGUCGAGUCCGUGGAAAUUCUAGUCAUCGAUGAGGCAGAUCGUAUGCUAGAAGAAGGUUUUCACGAUGAAUUAACCGAGAUCAUGUCGAUGAUCCCAAGUAAGCGUCAGACUUUAUUGUUUUCGGCCACGAUGAACGCCAAAAUCAACCAACUGAUAUCUCUGUCCCUAAAAAAACCGGUCAAGAUCAUGAUAGAUCCCCCUAAGCAGGUUGCUUCUCAGCUUACUCAAGAAUUCGUUCGUAUCCGUAAAAGAGAGGAUCUGAAACCUGCUUUGCUCUUCCAUCUGAUAAAGAAGCUCGACGACUUUGGACAAAAAAGAAUCGUCGUUUUCGUGGCCAGAAAAGAGAUGGCUCACAAGCUUAGAAUCAUUUUGGGUCUUCUAGGUAUGAAAGUUGCAGAGCUACAUGGUUCUCUUUCCCAGGAACAGCGUCUCGGGGCCGUUAAUGGCUUCAAAACAUUGGAAGUGCCAGUGCUUAUAUGUACGGAUUUGGCUUCCAGAGGUUUAGAUAUUCCAAAGAUCGAAUUCGUCAUCAAUUUCGAUAUGCCAAAGACUUACGAAAUUUAUCUACACAGAGUUGGUCGUACUGCCAGAGCAGGAAGGGAAGGUCGUUCGAUUACUUUUGUGGGCGAAUCUUCUCAGGAUAGAAAUGUGGUAAAAAGCGCCAUCAAAUCGGCCGAGGAAAACAACACACAAAAUACAGUGGUUGGUAGAAUGAUCGACUGGACUCGGGUUGAGGAGAUCAACGGUUUGAUAUCCAAUAAAGAAGAAGUCAUUGCCGAAAUUUUGGAGGAAGAGAAAGAGGAGAAAGAUAUUUUGAGAGCAGAAAUGCAAGUCCGGAAAGGUGAGAAUCUGCUGAAGCAUAAGGCAGAAAUUUCUUCCAGACCCAGAAGAACCUGGUUUCAGUCGGAGGCUGAGAAGAAGAACUCUAAAUACAUGCAGACAAUGUCAAAAAAUAAAAAGACGAUCAACAGUAAAAAGAGAAAGAGAAUAGAAGCCACUGAAGAUCGUUCUCGUUCCUACAAGAAAACUCAAAAAGACCGCAGCACUGACCAGCAGAGAACCUACGCUAAGCAAAAAGCUAAGGUGGACGCAAAGAAAAAGAAGAACGCUAGAAAGUAA